CAUAAUUUCAAUACAAUUAAAUGUUUAUAAAAUUUGUUUUGAAAUUGUAUUUAAAGUGAAUAUCAAAAUAUGAGUUCAAAUUCAAUAAUAGAGGACACGAACCAUAAGAUGCAACAAAUGGAUAGAGAAGAACAGAUCGACAGCGGAAUCGGAAUCGUCGCUACUAUUGAUUCCAAUGCUGUUGUGAGUCAACGGAUGACAAUCGCCGGUGGAUUCCUAGACGUGGCCUUAUUUGUGGCCGAUGUCGAGCACUUGAAGUUUGUCAUCGAGACCGGCAAAGAUAGCGUCCGAUAUUAUACUCUCCUUAUGACUUUGCUAUUGCUAUCGCUUAUAUUACAAAUUGUGGUCGGAAUCCUGUUGUUUGUGAUGGGCAUAAGGAAAGUGUCAGAACAGACCGAAACACAGGCCAAAUGGACAAAAGUAUUAAACCAUACAAUCGUUGGUUUAGUUUUUAUGAUAGCCUUAACCAAUAUACUCAUCACCAGUUUUGGUGACAGAGGAGAGACACUCAGUAAUUACAUAAGUAACCACAAUUGCAGUUAGCGAUGAUUAACAAGUAUUGCCGCUAUUAUAUAAUUGGAAAGUAAAUAAUCG